GUUUGAUACGAAAUUUCUUGCAAGAUGGCAGCCAUCGAUGGCUUUGAUUCUUAUAGUUACUAUGAAAGCUUAGUGAAUAAUGUUAUUAAAAUUCAGGUAGUAAUAUUAUCCUACUAUUUGUUAAAUUAGCUAUAUAAAAUAAAAUUUAUUAUGGUUUUAAUUUAGUAAUUGUCAAAGUCAAUAUACAUCUAGGCUCAUGUCUACUAUGAUAAUGAAGAGUCAGGCCUAUCCUAAAAAAAGUGACCGAAUAAUAAUAAUAAUAUUAAUUUAUUAAUAUUCUAAUAUUGACAAGAUCAAUCAUUAAUACUGUAACUUAUACUUUUACUAAGUUUUACUAUAUUUAUUAUUUAUAUGUGGAUAGUCGGAUAGUGAUUACAGUACAACAAAAUCAAUUAUUAUUAUUUAUUAUCAAUAAUGUCAAUAUCAGUGAAUCAGUAUCAGCCAUUAAAAAAAAAAAAUUAAUUCUAAAUUAUUGAAUGAUCCUUCAAAUACUUCAAAUCAAUGUUCAAUGUCAAUAGGCUUCAAUUUCAUUAGGCAUUUAGGUAAGGUUCGGGAAACGCCGAAAACCGGACAUCAAGAUUUUUAUUGUCAAAAUGGUGACCUCCACUUCUUAAUUAAUUUAAGAUUAAGAGUGUCAUGGUUUAUUUAUUUUUUUUUUUUGUUGCCAAUUAUAUUAUAUCCCAGCAUAUAUAUAUAUGCAUUCUAUUUCCGCCCGCAUCUUAGAGUAUACAUAUUUUGUUUUUUAAUUUGACACUUUAGUUUCAAAGAAGAAUUUCAGUUUCAGUCUUUCAGGGCUUCACUUUGAAUACUUUGAAAAUUGAUGGCAUUGAUGGUAAGAAGAGUAAAAUAAUGUUAAAUUUACUCAUGCAUAUUUUUUUGGGAAUGCAUAUAUCGCUUAAAUGAAAGAUCCUAAUAGAUGGUGACAUAUAUUAGAAAAUAUACACCAUUUUUUAGGUUAGACCCAAGGGUGUGGUCAGAAAAUUAUCAGGAAUUUUUAGUCAAAUUCACAUGUCCCAAAACUUACCUAUUAAUAAACAAUAAUGAUUAUUGAUUUUGAUAAUGGCUGUUUCUAGGGACCUCAAUAUUGCCUGGAAAUACCAAAAAGAUGGGUAUCGUAAUUUCGUUGUCAAAAUGGCGAACCUCCCCUUUUUAAUUUACUGAGGGUAUCGUUUUUUUGCCUUAUACAAUCGAUUUUUAGCAUAAUAAUAAAUUCUACUUCCGCCAAUUAUUUAAAGCCGACAUCUUGCUUAAGAGUUAGUUUGAAUUUUUUUAUCAAGGUUAAAGCUUUGAAAAUUGAAGUUAAAAAUAGGUCAACUUCACUUAUCAAUAACUUUUUUUUAAAAAUGCGCUCCUUAAAAUACUCCGCUGUUUUAGUUUAUAGGUUCAUUUACAACUUAUAAAAAAUUCAUGAGGUUAGACCAUGGGUGGGCUUCAAAAACGAAUUUCCUAGAUGUAAUUUUUUAAGGCUAUGUAAUUUGGCAUCAUAGCCACCGUGCUUGUCUGCUUAUUGCCAAUUAUCAAUAGCAGCCGUGGGGUAAUUAAUAAUUCAUUAAAUUGGUUAUCUAGAAUAUAAAUGGGAAAUAUAACUAAUAAAUCAUUUUAUAUAAAUAAAAAAUGUUUUAUAACAUAAAUAAUUAUUAUUGGCUUAUGAAAUAUCAGUGGUUUUAAUUUUUGGGUUGGUUGCCAUGGGAUUGACAAGCUCUUUUCUUUGACUAAGAUAGGCUUAGUAAAAGUAUUAUAAUACUAAUUAUACUAUUAUAAAUGAUUUAAGGAGUGGGAUAAAUAGCUUUUAUUGCAACUAAUAUAUUUAUAUUAGUUUAUAUACAAAUAUAUAAUGGUAUAGUACCAUAGGCUAUAGGCCUAGUAUAAUAUAAUACAAAGUAUACUAUACCCAACCCAACUUAUUUGUAGGGCCUAUUAUAAUAAAUUAUAUGUACCGGUAAUGAUAUUUUAGGAUAUGUAAUAAUAUUUAAAUGAAUAUUGAGAUUCUUUAGUCAUGAACUAAGUAAACAUUUUAAAAAUAUUCAAUUACCUUUGGUAUUGAAAUAUCCUAUAUUUAAUCACAUAUCACAAUAUUCCACAAGAGAAUUAUUAUAUAAUCCUCAGUUUCUCAAAGAAAAAAAAAUCACUUUCUGGCGCAUUAAUCCAAGAAUUACUUAAGAUAUUACUGAAGAACAAUCAUAAAAACUUGUACUUACCUCAAGCAAAUGACUAGACCUUAUUUUAUUUUCUAUUAACAGCUAAAGUAAAAGUUGAUUCUAACAAUACAUGUUGAUUUGUAAAACAAGAUUACAAACUUAAAAUAAAUGACAUACUGAUUGUUUUGUCAUAAUUAUAUAGGAAUACUAUAUAAUAUACAUAUGUAGAAAAUGGUAAAAUAAAAAGUGUAAUCGUCAAUUUUAACUAAAUAAAACAAAUAAUCCCUUUAUUAUUUGUUUACACUUAUUAAUGUUAAACAAUUCCAUUGAAAAUUUGAAAUUAAUAUCUAAAGAAUAUUAUUAUUAUGAUUUUUGGGGAAAUUAAAAAAAACAUUUAAACAUAAUUAACUAUUACAAAUAAGUGAUGAUUCAGCAUAUUUAAACAUUUUUAAUAGGCAAAUAAUAAACUUGUUUUUUUUUAAUAUUUGCGGCAUAUUAACAAAAACUAAAUUUAUAUUUUUUGGCUUUAUUUAGAUGUUCUCUUAUUUAACUAUGUUCCCUGCAAAUGUUAUAUUUUGGUCUCAUUUUAUAACUAAGUUAUAGGCAUAAAAACAAAAGCAAAAUGAGGGUCACGAAAUGUGCAGGAAAACCCCAUAAUGAAAAAGUGGUUUUGAUUGAGGUCAAUACUAAAAAAAUUCAUAACUUUUCAACCACUUGAGCUAGAAAGUUGAUUUGUGUUUUUUGGAAUCCAUUCUCUGUAAUAAAUAAUCUGCCCCACCUAUCCGCACGCAUUUUUUAACAUUUAUCUUAUUAGAUGAAAAUACAGUAGAAAGCUUUAAAGAUCAUGGUUUUUUUGUUUUGUUUUUUUUUGUAAAAUAGGAUUUUGAUUAUCAUGCCAAUUCCAUUUUAUGAACUAGUUAGAAAAAAGUUUAUACUUUCUAAAUCAUCGAUUUAAAACUAAAUUCUAUUGAUUUUUUUUUUAAAAUGUGUUAAAGUAUAUUGAUGAGGCAAUUUUUAAUUUAUUUUAUAUGAUAAGAUAAGAUUCUAUUAUUGAUCCAAACAAAUGUAAAUGGUUUUUUUUAUUGCAUUGUACAUUUUCAGCAUAUAAAUAAAACAAUUUGAACACAAGAUAUCUACAUUAAAUUAUUUCACUAGUGAAAAAAAACAGCCAUUCAGUGAAUUUUCUUAGCCAUAUCAGGGACUUAGUAGUUCUCAUUAAGAUUGGUGACUUCAGGGGGGAGCACACUGGUAAAUUUAUUUAUUUAUUUAUUUAUUUAGGCAUUUUUAUAUAGAGCUUACCUUAAAGCUCUAAGCGCUUUACAAUUAUUAAAAACAUGUAAACUAAGUAAAAUAAAAAUGAGACACUAGGAUAGUAACUACUAUACUAUAGAAACAAUUAAAAUGGCUAUAAAACGAGGACACUUUGGCAGGUUGGGGACCAAAAGAGUUUGUAAAUUUCGGUCUUAGCCCUUAGAGAAAGAAUUCGUCCAGAACGGGCAGAUCCUAAGUAUCUGUGAUGAAAAGGGUGGGAUGUAUCAUCCAAAUAUCUUUAGUUUUACAAUAACAUCUUUCUUCAAAUAGUUCUUCAAGUGAAGGAUGUUUAGUUUGUGUUAUGUUCCUAGCUUUCUUGAUUAGUCGGUUUAUUUGGUAUUUAAUAUCAGACGAUGAAUUCCCACACCAACAGGUUAUAUUGAAAUUAAGUAUAUAUAAGUUAUAUUAGUUUGAAAUUCAAAAUAAAUAUUUCAAUCAAAUGAAUAUACUUUAUUUUUGAUCAAUUUCCCAUAGAUAAAAUCACACAUUAAUAAAUAUAUAAAAUAUAAUGUCUUUUGUAAACAUCACCUGUCUUCUUAACAUAAUUAUGCCGUUAUACAAGAUUUAUAAAAAAAUGACUAGUUUUAUACAUCCUUAAAAUAUUUAGACCUUUCUACAAAACAUUUUUUUUUUAAAUCCUCUUUAUCAACUUCGCUUUUGUUCAUGUGUUUCUUAAUGGCUAGGUGGCAAAAUCUUCGGGUGGCUAGUUGAACCACUUCCUGUCAAGCUAUUGAGCUGAAAUUCGGCAUAAACACUCAUUGCAGAUGACAACAAAUGCUAUCAAAUUUUAAGCCCCCAACCUCAACUCCCAAAAAUCAUUUUUUUUUAUAAAGGAUUUAUACAAAAAAUUUUGUUUUAAAGGGUUUUAAAUUAUCUUUUUGAUUCUGUUAAAACUUAGAAAUAUUUGGAAAAUGUAUUUAAUUUAUCAUAUGUAUUUUUUUCCAUUGCGUUCAAUAUGUAAAACAAUAUUAGCUGUACUUUUUUAUUAUGUAAAUAGUUUUUAAUUAAAGAUAAAACUACACAACUAUUUAGUAAUUAGUUUUUUUAAUUACAUAAAUUUACAUUGAAAUUUGAUGUUUCAAAAAAUGACCUCAGCCCCAAAAAUAUCAGAGGCCCACACUAUGGCUCUGAUGUAAAUUGAAACCUAAAUUUUUAACUUGCAUCUCUCCCGUUGCUCUCUGAUUAAGUGUAGAAUGAUGCAAAACAAAUUUCAGAUAUGUGCUAAAAUCCAUUCUUGAAUGUCAAGUUUAUCCAAAAUUGCCUUGGGACUAAAAAGAUUUAAGGGGCAACACUAAGCUAGGGGAAAAAGCAUACCCUCAAUAGCAUCAUUUGGAAUGAAUUUAGUUCAUGUUGGGCUGGGGCGGAGUUAGAGAUGUACCUGAUAUUUAUUAUGGCAAAUUCUUGCGCUUCUCGCAUGAAGUUCGAAAUGACCCCUCUCAAAUUAUCUGAAAGAAACAACAAAUUCAAGUAUGCGCCGAAAUGCAUCCCUAAAUUUUGUAUUAAUCCAAAUAUGGGUGGGGAGGGGGUGGGGAACAACAGAUUUUUUGGCACCCUUAAUUUCCACUCCCUUUUUUUGUCACGCCAUUCAAAAUGAAAGUACGGGGUUGAAUCUAGGCUUGUGUCAACUGAUUACCAUGGGGCAUCCUGCAACCGGAGUCAAUUCAGUUUUUAAAUGGUACUGGGUAUGAUAAUGCCUCCCCCAGACGCUUGAAAAUGUUAUCCCCCGAUCUAACACUGAAUUCAGGUAAACUCCAAAAUUCACCUCUUGAAUUUGAAAUAAUCAUGGGGUGGUGAUCCCUAGACCCCUCCCUCCCUUUUUCACUCAAGAGUAAUAAGCGCCCUAAUUUCCCAUAAAAAUGACCCCUCUGCCGCCCAGGUGCCAUUGGUGCCUUCAAUUUUUGCUGUUAUUCUUGAUAAAAAUUAUCGCCAAUUUUGUUUCCGAUUAGAUGCUUUGCCUAGUGGUGUAGCUAGUAUUAGUUUGGCCAAGAUUUUUGUCUCCCUCUUUUUCAGGAUAAAAACACUGCAGCUAUCCAAAAAUGCCACUGGAUUUACUUCCAGUUAGUAAAGUGAUCAGAUUCAGACCACGCUCACAACACUACUGUUACAUUACAUACCUCAUCUGAAAUCAACAAUAAAAAAUAAAAGGAUUUUUUUUUUUAAUAACAAGGCCAAUAUAAACUUAAAACCCUGUGUAUGUUAAAACUCUCCCCGGAUUUGAAAAUACUCUAAUAUGUUAUGUAAUUUGAAUGCUACAGUCUAGUAUAUACCAGACCUGUUUACUCUUACGAUUUUGGCGUACAAUGUACAAUUUUGAGGUGUUUACACAAUAAAUAUACUGUAUGUUUAUUUUUUACUAUUAAGAAAAUGUAUUGAACGAUUUUGUGAUGAUAUUGUACGAUUUUAAGAGUUUGAGGGCAAACAGGUCUGAUAUACUAAAAGAAGGUUAUAAUGUCAAGGUUAGCAGCAUCGGCAUAGGGCAUAGACCAUUUGAUUUAAAAUAACAUUACCCGUUAUUUUUUUUUUUUUAAUUUGUCAAAUUAUUAAACAGCCGAGGCAUCUAAAAUAGGCCCUACUUGAAAAAGAUUUUGAAGUUUUAAAAAUUUCUACUUCUUACUGAUGGUUGAUAGUGUAAAAUAGAUUAAUUGAAAGGGGAGAUUUGUUAAAUGACAUUUAGUUUGGACUAUUAUUAUUAUUAAGGUAGUUUUAUAUGGGGCAGUACCCCAGCUAGAGACCAACCAAAAGUGAUUUUCUGAUUUCGGCCGAAGCCGAAAAUAGGCCGAAAGUUUAAAAAUGACUUUCGUCCGAAACAGAAAAAAGGCCGAAAGUUAAAAAUGACUACCGAGGCCGAAAAUGAAUUAUUUAGGUAUUUGAAAUUCGUUUCCGCAUACAUUCUGCAUACAUCGAAAAUGAUGGGGGAAAGUAUAAAUAUUUACAUUCUUUUUAUUAAAAAAAUGAGAUAAUCGUGAAUAUUAAUAAAUAAAGAUCUAAUAUAACAUCAUGUUGUUAAAUAUCGUUUAGUUUGUUUUUAAAGAUCGCUUAGUUUGUUGUUAAAGAUCGUUCAUUUUUUUUAUAAUGAUCGCUUUAUUUGCUCUUAAAAAAUCGGUUAAUUUGUUCAUAAAGAUCCCUUAGUUUGCUGUUAAAAAGCGUUUAUUUUGUUCUUUAAGAUCGCUUAGUUUGUUGUUAAAAAUCGUUUAUUUUGUUUUUAAGAUCGCUUAGUUUGUUCUUAAAGAUCGCUUAGUUUUUGUUUAAAGAUCUUUUAGUUUGUUAUUCAAGGUCAUUUAAUUUGAUUUUAAAAAAUCGUCAAGUUUUUUCUUAAAGAUCGCUUAGUUUGUGUUAUUAAAAGAUCGUUUAGUUUGUUCUUAAAGAUCAUUGAUUUUGUUCUUAAAUAUCGCUUAGUUGUUCAUAAAGAUAAUUCAGUUUGUUCUUAUAGAUCAUGUCACAGAACGGUUGUUACGGAGGAGGGCUCCGGUCCUGACUUACCACGAACUGUGUUGACUAAGUAGUGGUCAGUACAGGACCGCUCCUCUCUGUGAUUUAUAUGGUGGGUGUCUAGGCGUUGAGACAGACAAAAGCACAACGUAGACUUGGACGAAAUGCAACAACUCAAACUCCUGGUGUCCAACGAUAAUGAAAGUGUUUAUUUGUAAGAUAUAAGUUCUUCCAGUCAUCUGUCGUCUCCUGAUCACUAGCAACUAUUCCCUAACAACUGCUUGAUUCUAUCGUAGCUCUUUUCUCUCUCUUCCUCAACUACGUCGUACCUCUGUUCCCUCUUCCUCAACUGGGUUUAACUCCGUGAAAGCUCUGCCUUAUAUGUGAUUCUUUAACCCCAUAGGUGGUCCAGGAAUGCUAUCUAUAAACACACCCAUGCCCCCUAAUUUCCGGCCAAUUAGACCUUCCCAUUGUUAACCCAAAAACUAUCACGCGAAGUCUGGAAAACCCGAACAUACUAUUAUCCAAAGAAACAAUCCCCACUAUAUCAAGAUGUGAGAGUCUAUUAACCUUAACUUAACCCCAUUAACAGCAGUUUCCUUCCAUCCUAUAAGGUACCUUUGUGCGGCACCCACGCCCAUCGCUCCCUUCUCCAGCAUGGUCAUUUGUGACAGAUCAUUUAGUUUGUUUGUAUAGAUCUUUUAGUUUGAUAUUAAAAAUCGUUUAGUUUGUUCUUAAAGAUCGCAUAUUAUUUUGUAGAAGAUCUCUUAGAUUUUUGUAUUAUGAUCGCUUAGUUUGUUCUUAUAGAUAAUUGAUUUUGUUUCUUAAGAUCGAUUAGUUUGUUCUUAAAGAUCUUUUAGUUUAUUCCUAAAGAACAUUUUCUGUUAAAAAUCACUUAGUUUAUUCUUAUAAAUCAUUUAGUUUACUAUUAUAGUUAUAGAUCAUUUGUUUUGUUCUUAAAGAUUGUUAAGUUUGUUAUUAAAGAUCGUUAAGUUUGUUGUUAAAGAUCGUUUAGUUUGUUAUUAAAGAUCAUUUAGUUUGUUAUCAAAGAUCGCUUAGUUUGUUCUUAAAGAUUGCUUAGUUUGUUUUAAAGAUCGUUUAGUUUGUUCUUUAAGAUCGUUUAUUAAAGAUCCCUUAGCUUUUUAUUAAAGAUCCCUUAGAUUGUUCUUAAAGAUUGCUUAGUAUGUUUUAUAGAUCGUUUAGAUCUCAAAGAUCGCUUAAUUUGUUCUUAAAGAUCGCUUUAUUUGUUUUUAAGGAUCACUUUAUUUGUUUUUAAAGAUCGUUUUAGUUUGUUCUUAAAGAUCGAUUAAUUUGUUCUUAAAGAUCGUUUAGUUUGUUCUUAAAUGUCGCUUAGUUUGUUGUCAAAUAUUUCUUUCGCUGAGCAUUAGAUGACCGAAAACAUCAGUCACUUUUGGCCGGAUGGCCGAAAGUCUAAGUCAAUUUCGGCCGAAACUGAAAAAACACCUUAAGUUAACUUUUCUCUUUCGGCCGAAACCGAAAUUAAGCCGAAAGUUAUCUUUUAGUUUCGUCCGAAAUCGAAACUUGGCCGAAAGUGAUAAAAUGGUUACUUUCGGCGCCGAAGCCGAUAUUUGGUCCGUCUCUAACCCCAGCCUAGGGAUAGGCUCACUGCGCUUCUCAUAAAAAUUAGCAAUUACGGGUACAGAAAAUUAUAGAUAAAAACAAUUGGUAAAAACUUUGACCUCAUCCACACAACUACUAUCUACCCCUUUCUAGCUAUGGACAGCACCCAACAGCAUCGAGGGUUGUUUAUCAGUUAGAGGGUGUGAGAAUGAGUCAGUAUAGAACAGUUUGAAGAGAUUAGUUUUGGAGGCUGGGACUGGGAUGGAAAGUAUAUUGCGGAUGUGUAAUGGGAGAAAAUUCCAUUGUUUUGGGGCAUAGAAAGAUCGUUCAUCAUAUUUUACUGCGUGUUCUGGGAACAGAAAGAAUACGCGUGUCUGCUGAGGCAUGAAGCUGUCAAAGGGGUGAAUAGAUAGAAAGAAGUUCAGUAAGAUAGGAAGGGCAUGAACCAGAGAAGUGAGUGAAGUAGAGGAGUUACGUGAUCACGUUUCUUUGUCUUUAGGACUAACCUAGCAACUGAGUUUUGAACAUUCUGAAGUUUUUCUAUGAAAUGUUUUGGUGAACCUGACGGAAGAUAGUUACAAUAGUCAAGAGAGAACAAUGACAAUAGCACAGACUAGUGUUUUGUUGUGCUAUCCUUUUUGUUUUCAGUAAUGCUUUGAUUUUGUCCAGUUAUUAGCGAAUUACUUAUUUCAAACACUAAUAUACUUUACAAAUUUUUUUUUGUUUAAAUCUCAAUCUACGCAGGUCAUGUCAUGAGAAGGCUAAUCAUCAAUUAAUAUUUUUUGUCCGUUUUUAACACUAUUAUAGUUGAGCAUUAUUUUUUUAGUGCCGAAUAAAAAUUUAUUUUAACUAAUUUUUCUUAAUGAAUGCUCAUUAAUUUAGAUGUAUUAAAAAUAAUUAAAAAGAAUUCAAAAUAAUAAUUUGUAAAAAAAAAUUCUAUAAAAUCUGAUUUAUUUAGGCACUGUUACGAGGCCAUUUGGUGAGAAAACAGAUUUCACAGCUCCGUCACCUCUAUGAUGACAUUGUUCAAAACAUAGAUGGACAAGAGAUGGAAGUUAUUUGGACAAACAGUAUCUUAGUUCACCCUAUUGUUAGAAAAUGCCGGAAAACACAAAGAGUCUCAGCUACAUUACCUGUUAACAAAGUAAACGGCAUAAAUGAGGUCUUGGAAAACUUAGAAACUAUUACACAUGUAUCGGUUCCAGAAAAUAUUCAAAUACUUCCAGUUUUAAAAGGUCAAGACAGAUCUGAUCCUCAGAUCAGUCCAAAAAUUUUGCCCAGCGAUCCUGAGAAGUCAUCUUCCAAGCAAAAACGUAACUGUGUUUCCAUAGAAGUUCAGAUUGAUUCGUUUGAAUUGGAUGACUGUACAAGAAAAGCCUUUACAAAAGCUGAGCACAAAAUGGAAUCCACACAAAUGCAGUGUCAAAGUCUAACUGAAGUCCAGAACGUUUCUAUGGGGACUGCGCUGCAUGAUAAAAGUGGUGUUGAGAUGAGUAAAACAAAUUGUAGAUCUGUCAAUGAAUCUUGCUCUAAAUCAUUUGGUGGGUCACUGCCUGACUUGCCUUCAGCUCCUGAAGGCGAAACUAUCCCACUAAAUGAGGUGCAUAAUAAAGAGAUGCUUCCAUUUGAUGAAUUACCGAUUUUGGAUUCCCAUACUAGAGUGGAGGAAGAACAGGAGAAAGAAAGAAGGAAACGGAAAGGUUAGACUCAUUCUAAAAAUAGCAUUAUUAUGUGGAAUGGAAAUAAACAACAAAACAGUGAAUGAGAAUGUAUAGGCUGAAGAUCAAUCUCAAACACUAAAAACAAUGCAUCACGAUGCAAUGAAAAUUAUUAUUUGUUUUAAAGAAGUCAAAAAAGUAUACUAAAUACAUUAUACUACACAGCUUCCUUCAUUAAAUAAAUUAAGGUCCAUAUGGUAAAAAAGGAAAUAAGAUGUGUUGGGAAUAGCAAUGAACAAAUUAAAGUUAAAGGGUAGGCCUACAUGUAUUUACACUUUACAUUUUAUGGGCACCAAUCUCUAUAUGGCAUCGUAAAGAUGCAACUAUUCAAAUAGACAUCAUGGAUUUUGGUUAGUCACAAAUGCCAUCUUGUUACUAACUAUAUCCCUUUCUUGAAUAAAAUUAAUAUAUAAUAUAUUUAAUACAUCUUGUAGUAAACAUAGAAUUGAGAUUCAAUUAGCCAUUACGUAAUUUGAAGAAAAGAUUUUCAAUUUGUCUAGGCCAGACAUGUCAAACAUUAGGCCCUUUGCAAGCACAUCUGUGGCCCGUAAAAAAAGAUACUGUAUUUUGGUCAUUUACUCACUGUGCAUUUUUCACAGACAAAUGGCAUGAUUUUCUUUUUUCAGAAUGUUUUUAACUCUUUACCACCUUAACUUUUCAUCGAUUUCAAAAGCACAAAAAAAACAAAACACGAAUUCAGCUGUGAGGCAAGCAAGUUAAGACUUCUAAAAAGAUAAACUAACUUAAACUUAGUUACCGGGUAUAUUUUGUUUUGAUGAAUUUCAUUAGGUACAUUAAGAAUAGGUAAACAACUAAAUACAACAUUAAGUCUGUGUUUAUUUUAAUAUAUUAGGUGAAAUGACCUGCAGCCAGCGAUAGGUUAACUUGGUUAAAGGGGCUUAUGAAGCCUUUUGGGUUUGCUCACCAGGUCUAGACAAUGCUUUAAAUCCCCUUUAGACUAAUCUGAAGUUUUGUAUAAUAAUCUUUUUGCUUUUACUAAACUCAGUAUCAUUAGCAGACUCAGCAUUGUACAACCUUCCUGAAAGUAAAGAGGAUCUCCAGAACAUAAAGAACACGCUCGCUAUGGAGCUGCUGUGGGUACAGCAAGCCAUAAACAGCCGAAAACAUGUACGCUAUGUAAUGAUGGUUUCCACUUGAAUGAACACUUGCAUUAACCAAUCUUAAGAUAUGGCUUAAAGCAGGCCUGCACAACAUGCGGCCUGUUAAGUAACGGAAUAUUCUUUAUUAUUUUAUUAUCCUUAGUAAUAAUAAUAGCUUUCGCCCCUGUCACACAAGUUUUUCAUAAAGUAGGCCUAUUACAUUUUGAGUUGUGCAGGCCUGGCCUAAAGUCAUCUGUAUGACUAUAUGAAAAACAUUUUGUUUAGCAAAAGUUAAAUAAUUCAAUUUCAAAUUCAACGCAUAUAUUUAAGAGGAAUAUUUUUUUCAAAUUUUAAGAAAUGAAAACAUGCAUUCUUAAACUAUAUCAAUAUGAUCUUUGACCAACAGAAAAAAUAAGUUUUAUUUAAUUAUUAUUUGCAGUACUUGCAUUGAUUAAAUAUAUCCUUUUAACUUGCAGGUUCACUUAAACCAAAUUUUAAAAUAAAUCUGUAAAUUUUUGUGUUUUUAUCUCAAGUAUAUGCGUCUCAAGCAAGGGCUGCAAUAAAAGAAAAUUGGAAUGGUUAUCUUCAAUGAUUGCUGCAAAAACAGCUCAUCAUGGACCAAGGUCCAAUUAAUUGGGUUCGCAUAUUCGCAGAUUCUAAAGCUAAAACUAGAUCUCAUCCUAUGAUUUUCAUUUUGAUCUGACUAGAAAUGCAAGAUUGAUAGAUAUGCCUAUUCAAGCCAACUACAAUUAAGUAAAAAUGUGUCUGGGAAGAUAUUAAAACAAUAUACCUCAUUAACUUGAUCAUUUUUAUUUAUUCUUGAUUGAACUAAUGGUGUGAAGGAAAAAAAAAUUAUGGUCCAUCCAUUAAAAAAAGAUGAUAAAACGCCAUUGGAGAGGCUAUGAUUAUGAUAAAUCUGAAUGAUGUUAACCAGAUAGGUCAUUAAGUUUCAUUUGUUUUAACUGUUGCACACCAACCAUUCAUAGUAAAAAACUUUUUUAAGCAUGUAACAAUUAUGUUGGUUUCUUUUAAUUUUAAUAAAAAAUAUAUAUUAAUUAGUAAUUAGUAAACAAUUAAAAUUACAAUUAAUUCAUUUCAAUAGCAUUUUGUUGUCAAUGUUUUCCUGAUUAAGAUAAGAUUCAAAGAAAUGUUUUUUUUUAAUUACAUUUUAGAUAUUCAUUUUCAGCACCUACAUAAAUAUUACAAAGACAAACAUUUUUAAACUACAACAAUUUAACUUUAACAUAAUACAUCAAUAUUUCUCAAGAACUUCCCUAAUUUAUUGACAAUGUUGAUUUUAAAGAGGGAUUAUUUCGAUUUUCUUGGUGGGGGGGGGGCUGAUUAAUUGGGGAACAAACGAAUUUCUAUAUCUUUUGUUCCUUACUUUGAGGGUAAGAAUUCGCCCUGAUCAAGCUGAUCUUAGCUGUUUAUGAUGAAGAGGUUGGGAUGUAUCAGACAAAAUUUGUUUAGUUUUUGCAUCAAACUCAAACACUUGUUCAUGUCUAUUUUUGAUGAUAAGUGGUGAAUUCCCACACCAGCAAGUAAUUACAGAAGUUCAGUAGGUUUCCAAAGAUUGCAAUGCAGAAUUUGUUUGCUAGUGACAAUUUUGUGUCAUUUUUUAAGAAAGAAAUAUCUUUGGUUAACUUUUUUUUUUUUUAAUAUAGAGAAGAAUUAGGCAGUGUUCUUUCCGUGAUAGCUUAUCAUUAAGGGUGAUACUAGGAACUUGUAUGUCUCUACUUACACUAUACCGUGAUUUUUUUUAAAUUUUGAUUUUGCAUUAACAUGGCUAAUGCUUGCAUGAAAUCAUAAAACUUUUAAAUCCCUUUUAAUCAUGUCAUCAAAAUUUUUUAAAUUUCUUUGAGAAAUAUGUUUUUCCAUUAAAAUAUUUAUAUAUAUACUAUGGUCUAAUAGUGUUAAUUAAAAAAUGUUUUUAAAGAACUGAAAAACCAAUAUAAUAUAAACACUGUUCAUAAAUAAUAUUAAUAAUUAAAUUCAUACCAGUUGGCCUACCAUUACCAUAUUAUUAUAUAAAUGCAAAUGUUUUCAGUGUAACUCAAUGAAAAAACCUCAAACUCUAUAAAUAUUAAUAUAUUAAUAUAUGGAUGUUGUUUAGCUUUGAAAAGGGGUAAAUAGACUUUUUAACUUUUUAAAAGUCAUUAGUGCUAAAACAAAAAUUGUGUGCAUUUCAGCACUCUUAGGUAGUAUCAGAGCAAUCUUCUGAUCCAAACAAUGUACAGCUAUUGCACAUUUAAGACUUAGUAAAACUGACAUUGUUGGCUCAUGAAGUUAUAUGAUUUUAAAUUAUGUGGUACAAAGAGCACAUUUUCAGUGAGGAAUAUUUCAACUGGAAUUAUUUUAAUACUUGGGGGAAAUGCAUUUUAUUUCAUGCAAUAAUAUAAUUUUAAACGGAGCUGCUGUGCAGAUUUACUGCGGCACGGUUAUCCCAUAGCAUGACUUGUACGUAUCUAAUCCUGCUUCCACUCAGGUUUUCUUUUCUGGAUAAAUGCUUUAAUGCCUUCAUUCCCAUCAUCCAGAGUGAGAUUUGUCACCAUGAUUUGUUCUGCAAACCUGAGGAAAGAUUCCUUUUUAAAAAAGUUAUCUCAAUACACAAAAACAGAAUAGUUUGUGAAUAUUUGAAUUACCCUGGAAGACUAUGAUAGUUUCUUUAGUGGUCAUUAACAGGAUGGUUUGUGGAUACUUGAAUUACACUGGAAUACUGUGAGUUUGCUUAGAAUGUUAGUAACUAUAUAAGCUCUGUGACCAUUGAAGAUGUGUUAUAGAUUUUCAAUUUUUAUUUUAACAAAUUUGUAAAAAUUUAUAUAGGUGAGAAAUCUUAUAGAAAAAGAAAUGUUUCGACCAUGCAUGUGUAUGCAUACUGGUACAAACAUAUGAAGAGGCCAACAAUUAAGAACAUCAGAUCUUUAAAAAUGAUUUAAAGGAUAUAAUUUGUAAUUGCAUUCCUUAUGAAUAUUGUGAACACUGAUCAAUUCCAUGCAUUUUAACACAGAUGGGUUAAUAAAUUAAUGAAAUACUAGACAAAUAUUUUUUGAUUAAAAUGUUUGUAUUAGUAAUAUAUUAGUAGAGUCUAUGUGUAUUCAAUACUUUUCAACUUUAGUCACCAGAAAUCUUCAUGCUUUUUUUUUUUAAGGAGUGGAGC